GCAAUCAGGCUGCAAGGACGAUACAGUGUGCAUUGGACGUAUCUGGAAAAAUGUUCACCAGGUUACUUUGUGUUUUGAGUGUGGUAGCGUUAGCAUCGGCCUUACCAAUGGGAGGUUUCGAAGGUCAUAUUGGUAAAGGGUCCACCUCGGACUUCUUUAGCAAGUUCAUCCCAAAGGGCGUCAUGGCCAACUUGACCAGUAACCCUAUGCUGCAAUGGCUACCAGGCUUCAUAUCGCAGACAGUUAAUGCUGCUAGGGAGAGAAAAAUGAUGAAGGAACGGCAGCAAGCAAUGCAGUCUGAUGUCGAAAUGGGUGGACUUAGCGGCUAUAUGGCCCGGAGUUCUGGAGGAUCCACAGGUUUAUCGCUGUCUAGUAGUGGACGUCAAGGCACGGCCAUGGCGGCUGAUAAUCCGGUGGGAGACUAUUAUGCUGGACAUUAUGGCAGAAUAGCGGAAGGAAUGAUGUAGAUAACGGAAACAUUUCCAUACCUCUCGAUACACAAAUUUAUUACCUGUGCUAAAUGCUAUUUAUAUAAUUACAGCAGGCAUUUAAAAUGCACCUGUUUUAUACGUAAUGAAGAAACUUUAUAACUUAAUGUUAUACCUAUUGUAGUUAUUUAUAUACUUAUACAAUAAGUAGCAACAUGUGAUUAAAUGACAAAAUUCCAUACUUUGACAAUAAUGACGAAUAGAUGGAUAUUAAC